GAAUUAUAAGCGCAAGGAGCGUUUCUCUUCACAUUCUUCUCAUCUACGAGCGUAGGUAUUAUCAUGCCUCACUAUAUAUAUCUACCUCGAAAACUUUGAUCAUGAAAUUUAAUCUCUCUCCCUCUCUCAAAUCCCGUCAUAAUAGGUAAUGAAAUACUCGUUUGUCAAAAAAAUCUUAUUAUAUAGAGGUUACAAGUUCGAUUCUCAUAUUCUUUUCUUGAAAAAUAAAGUGAUCGAAGAAGUGCACAUUAUUACGUGUUUAUGAAUUGUUUCCUGUUUACUAGAUAGUUUGGGUUUAUGUAUGUGAAGUAUGGGCCCUAAACUACGCGAUCAAUUAGCUUCUACACCGCCAAAGCUCUCUCUUACGGUCUUCCCAAGUCAUAAGCCAAUAGCGUCCGAGUCACCAUGGACCUUGACGCCACCGUUGCACCCCAUGGCGUCCGUCCCGUUCGAGUGGGAGGAGGCACCGGGAAGGCCUAGGCCCAUUAACAUAUCGGGCCAAUGUAAGCCCAAUAGUGCAAGAUGCUUAGAGCUUCCUCCUAGGAUGUUGGUUGAGGCUCAAGUGAUGACAUCCCAUAUGCCUUCCUCUCCAACUACCGUUUUAGAUGGGCCUCGUCCGGCCCGAUCCUUGUCUCAUAGGUUCUGCUUUGAAGGCCCAAUACCAGAUACAAGUCCCGAUUUGGGCUUGGAUAUAAUAGAAAAUAGUAUGAUGGAUCAAGGGAAGAGUAAGAAUGAGGUGAAAAGACAAAUUGGGCCUUGGAAGAAGUGGGCCAGUGCUAAUAGCACAAAGUGGAAUCAAGAGCUUAACAAGGAUAAUUAUGGUAUUUCAUCUUGGGAUGAUAGUGUUAAAUAUGAUAGGGAUUUAGAGAUAAAAAUUACAAGGUUUAGAAGAAGAUCAAAAGGGAGCCUAUACAAGUUAUCAAAUACAAGUUCUCGUGUAUUUGAAAACAUCCUCGAAUGCCUUAAGCAAAUUAUGGUACGGCGGCGGAAGCAAGAGAAGGAAAGAAGUGAAGCACCAUGAUUAAGUUAUACUUAGAUUAUGUAUAGCUUUCUUAUUAUGUACUCUUUGCAUGAAUUGCAUCAAGUCAAGAUUAAUUCUGAAAAAAGGCUUUAUUUUACUAGCCUUGGACUUUGUACAUUACGCAUACAAAACUGUUAGGUUACGUAUCUACUCAUCUCACAUUCGAAGCAACUUCAAAUGAUGGCCGUACCAUAUGGGGGUAACUUUUAUGUCUCAAAUAUAAAGUUAUCCUGGUUAAUUAAGUGUAAUUUGCACUCACUAUGAGUACUACAAGCGAUUCUAACAAGAUCUCAUAAAAUAGAAGAAUUGUUAUUUUUA